ACACAUGCAGUGGUUUAAAAAUAGCCCCGAUUUUGGAACUAGAAACUUCUCCAAGCUACAGCAUGUUGGUGUGUGGUAGAAGUAUAUGCCACCAGGACCAUGUUUUCAGCCAGCAUUCAGGACUUGACAUAAGAUGAAGAAGUGUGAUUUCAGAUUUUUAGAGAAGUGUGAAGCUCUUUUGUCCGUGAAGAGUCCUUGGUGCAUUUUCCUAAAGCUAAGCUAACAUUUGUUGAGACUAAAGUUUUUGAAAAUGGCUGCUGUUUUGGGGCAGUUCAUGGAGUUCCACCCAGUUCAUGGAACCAAUGUGCGACUGGACCUGUCUAGAACCAGGGCCACCCGGGUUGAGAGUUUCGCCAAUGGAAUCUGCUUCAGUAAACAUCCUCUGAACCCUGGAGAGAUCUUCCUGUUAGAGAUUGAGGACAAGGAGCUUGGCUGGUGUGGCCACCUCAGGAUCGGCCUGACUGCACGCGACCCUCAAACUCUUGAGACGGUUCCUGAGUAUUCUCUUCCUGAUCUGGUGGACCAGGGAGAAAGCUGGGUGUUUGCAAUCACAAGAAAUCACAAUAAGGUUAUUGAAGACGACACUCAUGAAGAAGUAGAACAGGCGGCAGAUGGAAGAAAUGAAGAAAGGAACAGACCCAAAAGUUUCUUCACUGACACCCACUUGUAUAUAGAGAACGUGUGCAUACCCAAGGACAAACUGGUAGGACGGAGUCGGCCUGGACGCUUUAGUCACAUCCUGGAUGAUCUGUACAAGACCAAUGCAUUGCCUCCAACUGCCCGACGCAGCCGCAUAGGAGUACUGUACGUGCCGAAAGGGCAAGGCUUUGCUGAUAUGCAUAUUGUCAUCAAUGGUGAAGACAUGGGUGCCUCUGCUAAAGGAAUCCCAACUAAUCAGCCCCUCUACGCUGUCAUAGAUGUUUUUGCUGCCACUAAAUGUGUCAGAAUUGUCCAGGUGGAAUAUGGCUUUGCAUCACUGCAGACUCUGUGCCGAAAGACCAUUCAGAAGCAUAUUGUCCACAGAAUGGCUCUGGACUGGUUGGAGCUUCCAGAGUUACUAAAAAAUUACUGCAAAUUUGAGUAACAGAGCGGCGACACAGAACCAUUAACACUCCCAAAGACUGGAAAGGCUUGAGCUGCAGAGCAUUUUACAGAUCUCUAAUUCUCAAAGGUGGAUUAUCACACAUGCUAUUUGCAUUUAUAGCAAUAAAUAAUGUACCAACAAACAA